GUUGUGAAGAAGGGGUGGAAGAUGGCGGCGUCCAAGGUGAAGCAGGACAUGCCACCUCCGGGAGGUUAUGGCCCGGUUGAUUAUAAGAGAAAUCUCCCUAAACGUGGACUUUCUGGGUACAGUAUGUUUGCCAUAGGAGCCGGUGUUCUCAUUUUUGGAUAUUGGAGACUCUUCAAAUGGAACAGAGAGAGGAGGCGAUUGCAGAUUGAAGAGCUGGAAGCAAGGAUAGCUCUCCUGCCUUUACUGCAAGCAGAGCUGGACCGGAGGCAACUGCGAAUGCUGCGGGAAAAUCUGGAGGAGGAAGCGGUUGUAAUGAAAGAUGUCCCUGGCUGGAAGGUUGGUGAAAGUGUUUUCCACACAGACCGCUGGGUGACCCCCCUCUCAGAGGAACUAUAUAACCUUCGACCUCGGGAAGAGCUUCUCCACAAGCGCUUUGGCUUCCUGUGCUACGUGUAGUGAUGUCCAUUCUAACCGCAUCACCACAGUGCUCCUCUGCUACCAAUCCCUGAGUACACAACUCAGAACCUGUAAAUGAUCUAUAUUAAAGUUCUUUUCUGUACCCCAU